CUCUCAGCAGCCUCUGCAGGUGAAGGAUCUCCCUCUGGUAGGAAGCUGUCCUUCCCUCCGCUGCCUCCUCCAACCCUGCCAGCCUGGUUGACGCCUGGCUCCGGUACACCUGCACAUACAAACACAAACACAAACACAAACACACACACACACACACACACACACACACACACACACACACACACACACACACACACACACACACACACACACACAGGAAUGAGAUGCGGAGUGUUGCUAUGAAGAAGGAGGAUAUCCAUGAAGGACAGCGCAGCAGAGACAACUGGAGUGGAGGAGGGGGAGUCACACACGUUGGGACAAGAAUAUGACUUGAAGAUGAGCUGUCCUCAGGCUGAGUUAGAGGAGAAGGAAUGUCCUCCACCAGAGGAAUUAGAGUGUAAAAUCUGUUACCAACGCUACAAUGCCCACAACCGCAAGCCUAAGAUCCUGGACUGCCUGCACCGGGUCUGUGCCCGCUGCCUCGGUAAAAUCCUGGACAUUGCUGAUGGGGCGGCCUUCAUCUCAUGCCCCUUUUGCCGACACCAAACUGAGAUCACGGAAUACGAGGUGUCAGCCCUCCCUGACGAUGUUAUCAUCAUGUCCCACUUGGCGAUGCGGGACAAAUCCUGGAGCUCCGACCAUAAGGAGGUGGUCCUGACUCCUACGAGUUUCUCCUCAUCCAGCCCAUCCCAUGACUCCUCAAACUGCCUGGUCAUUACUAUAAUGGAAGUGCAGAGGGACUUGCAGCACUCCCCAAGUCGAAAUGGCAGCUCCGACAUCUAUGCCGAGCAGAGCCUGGACUCCGUAUCCAUGGGCUCCAAUGGACCGGCUGAUCAGGACGCCCUGUCCAAGUUGUGUAAUCAUGUCCCACGUAUCCUGGUCUGGCUGCUGGGUUUCUUAUACUUUGGCUCACUGCCUCUAGGAAUCUAUUUAUUGGUGAUCCAUAGAGUGACCCUGGGCAUUGUAUGUGUUAGCCUGGUGCCAUCAAGCCUUACCGUUUGUCUGGUCUAUGGGUUCUGCCAGUGUCUCUGCCAGGGCAUGUGUGACUGCUCCACCAGGGGCUAAUAGGAUGCUACUGGAGAACUGGUGUUUAUAGGAUGGAUUAAUGUCAGCUCCAGGUAUUUCAUGUGUUUUGUGAACAGAUAGGGGGCCUUUAGGUAAAAACGAUGCCCUUUCCUCAACAGACUUUUCAUGCCUAACAGUAAAUUGUGUUCAUGCAAAUGAUGGGCCGGUAAAGAGACCCAAUGCCGUCUUUAGCAUUGGACCGUGCUUUUGUUAGGCCAGUUGAUUUCUGUGAUGUAUUUCUGUAAUCUUUAUUUGUUUUGUGCUGCGUGUAUGAUGUAGUAAACAUUAAGUUUGAGAGCAGACCUUUAACCUUUGACUUGCAUAACGACAGCAGUUACAGAGUCCUGGGCCCUCAUUUAUCAACAUCGAAUCAAAGGAAUUCUUGAAAGUAAUCCUUUGAAAACAAAACAAAAGAUCAAAAUUGACGGACGGAAUAUUUAACUGGUUUCAGUUCAUGUAGAACUGUAUUUAAGCAAGAUAGAAAAUUGUUCCCAAUAACAAAGAAAAACAAAGUCCACAUAUAAUAUGUUUUACUGUUGUACUUUUAUUUCUUGUAAGUGUUCUUGACCUCUAUAUGUAAGCAUUCAGGGUAGAACUACAGGUUACCAAAAUCCUUUUCUUUGUUUAAACCAAACGUAACUCAAAGUAUGUUGUAAAAAAAGAAAAAGCAUUGGUACACUGAUAUCUUGAGGGUUUGAAUAUUUUCUGGUUGCUGCAAUAAACAAGUCAUUAUUAAGCAUUCGCCAGAAUAAUGACUUUCUAAAUUCUCUGUGAUAUUACAAGUAAUACUACAGGAGAGACUGUCCCCUAGGCAUUGUGCCUGAUUAGCAAGAAAAAAAGGCAACUCGUAUGCAAUAAGGUCUUGAUACAAAUGAACAAAUCCAAUGAAUUGGCUUUAAUGUUUUGUUCAUACCUGUUUGCAUUGCCUUUGGGCAUACAUGUGACACAUUGUUAGCAUUGGUAAUUGAAUGUGGCCCUUUUCCUUUCUCUCUUUGCCACAAAUACAGACUCAAACCAUUCAGGGUUGUUAUGUUGAUAUUUGGUUCUUGUGAGGCGUAAACCAGACUCAUAUCUCAGGUUUUUUGAUACUCAUUAAAUGUUAAGCAACAUACAUUCCAUUCAUUUCCUUGAUUGGUUGAACGUAGCAAAACUCCUCUGUUGUAGGUUGUAAAAAGCUUUGGUCGGGCUUAUGGCUAAGGAAACCUCUGUUACCUUCUUGCUGUAAGUCACAUGCACAUAGUGCCAUACUAAAGCCAUGUGGAUUUGUUGCUGUUUGACAACUCAAGGUUGCGUGCAUUAUUUAUGUGGCAUCUUGGUUUUCUUUUGUGUGUAAGACAAACACUGUCAAACAUCAUUCUGGCAUAUGGAAGUCUGGUAGAAAGGUCACAUCAAACCAGGAAGUUGGCUUGACAAUUACUAAAAACACUUUUUAAACAUAACCUCGAAUGCUUAGCUAAGUAUGUCACAUGCAUAUAGUAAAUAAAGUGCCAUUUUUGAUCAAAUCUGUUGAAUCCUCAAGCUUCUCAUGUGUGUACCAACAAAUUGUUUUCUUAUAGCUCUGUAACCAAAACAUGCAUUUUAGUGUUUCAGGAGUUUGUCUUAUAAUACGUCCUGAACUGCUGCAGUCGUACCCCUUGUUGUGACAUUUGCAGCAAUACUUCAAGGACUGGACUAUAAUUAGAGUGUUUCAUAACGAACAGUUAGCAAAACGUUAUGUCCAUGGUUUAGAACCUGUGGUUUUAUUAAUAUGGGGUUGUUUGGAGCAGUGACACACAUUUUACAAAUACCGACUUCCGUCACUGACAAUUAAGAACCUUUUCUGUGCGUUGUUGAUAACCGAGGGCCCUUUGAUAAUACGUCUUAGAUAUGUUCAACGAUAAACUUCAGGUAACAAUAUUUCACAUCAAAAUGGAUAUGUAGCAAACCCUGUUCAUUCAUUGAUGUUUGGGUUCUGUAUGUUCUUUUCUGCCAACUUCUUUCUGCCGCUGUAUUCUCUACCCAUCUGUGUACCCACCCAUCUAUGUUUCUGUUCUGUCAAUGAUGUACUGUCAGCUCUCAGCUUAGUGCCACACUACUGAUCACAGAAGCUACCAGACAGUGAAAUAAAUGGAGCAUUAUUUUCUAUGUGUGGCCUGUGUAAUUUUUGUGUCUGCUGCAUGCUCAUUCAGGUCGUAACAGUCAGUAUUAUUGUCGUCGCAGCAUUCAUCACCAAGCUCAACGAGACAGGACGCUGUUGUUAUACUUGAAGCCAAUAAAAUUGCA